GGGUGAAGGGGAGUGAAGUUUUUGUCAAUCACAGUGCCCAGGUACUUGUAACACUCAACAUUCUCCACAGGUGUACCUUUGAUCAUAGGCGGGAAGGUUGAGUGGGAGAUUUUCUGAAAAUCAAUGACCAUCUCUUUUGUUUUUUUGACAUUGAUCUUUAAGAAGUGGUGGUCGCACCACUCCACAAAGUCCUUCACAACAGGCCCAUGAUCGACCUCUCCAUCUUGGAGCAGACUGAUUAGAACAGUAUCGUCCGCAAACUUCAGGAGAUGCCUGUUGUCAUAGGUGCUCCUACAGUCGUUUGUAUAUAAAAUAUACAAUAAAGGGGACAGGACACACCCCUGUGGUGAGCCUGUGGAUGACAGCCGCUUCUCGGAUAGGGCACCAUUCGCCCUGACUGACUGAGGCCUGCAAGUUAAAAAGUCCAAGAUCCAUUUCACCAACCCAGCAUCAAGGUUAAAAUGGGACAGCAGUUUCUUUGCUAAAAUGUGGGGUUGGAUUGUAUUAAAAGCUGAGGAGAAAUCUACAAAUAAAAGCCUCGCAUGUGUUUUUGUACCCUCAAGAUGUUUAUAUAAAUAGUUAAAUAGAGUAAUAGUGGCAUCAUCCACACCUCUGUUUGCCUGAUAUGCAAAUUGCAUCGGGUCAAGCAGGCCCUGAACAUGAUUGGUCAGAACUCCUUUGACCAAUUGUUCAAAAGUCUUCAUUACUACUGAAGUCAGAGCCACAGGCCUCAGGUCAUUUAGCUCUUUGGGAGAUUUGUUCUUAGCCACAGGUACAACAAUAGAAUCCUUCCACAGCUUGGGGACCUUGUGCACAGUAAGUGACAAGUUGAAAAGAUCUGUAAAAACAUCACAUAACUGAUCUGCACAUACUUCAAGAAAUUUGCCAGUGAUCAUACCUGGUCCGGGACGAGCAGUGAGAUAUAAAUCAGGUUGUUUCUGGUCGAUUAUACACUGACGACAUUAGAAAACAGACGAAUAAAGACAGACCACUACUGCUAGUCGAAACUCGCGCAGCGCCAUAGACUGAAUGAUCAGUCUGCUGGUUCUGGUCCGGAGGCUUCUGAAGCGCCUACCGGAGGGCAGGAGGGUAAACAGACUGUGGGCAGGGUGGGAGGAGUCUUUAAGGAUGCUGUGAGCUCGCCGCAGACAGCGUUUUCUUUGGACUUCCUCAAUGGCAGGAAGUGGACACCUUGUGAUACGCUGGGCGGUUUUUACCACCCGCUGUAGCGCCUUACGGUCUGUGACAGAGCAGUUUCCGUACCAGACUGUGACACUACUGGUCAGGAUGCUCUCGAUCACACAGCGGUAGAAGUUCAUCAGUACAGCUGAAGACAGGUGGUGUCUCUUCAGUGUCCUCAGGAAAAAGAGGCGUUGAUGAGCCUUCUUAACCAGACUGGAGGUGUUAGUGUUAGAUGAAUUAACAGCCCCAAGAGCCUUUUUCCAGAAAUCCUCAGAAAGGUUGGUUUGUAAUUCGAUUUCCCAAUCAGCCUUGAUCUUAUUUACCGCAGACUCGUUAGUUGUGAACAGGAGGUCAUAAAGGUAGGAAACCUGACCUUUGGGCAAGACUCUUGCCUUGAGUGCCAGAUCAAUGCCACUGGGGUUUGGAACUUGAGGGAAUGCCGGUGAGUGGGUCCUAGCAAAAUCACGGAGCUGAAAAUAUCAAAAAAAGUCGGAGCUAUUUAAAUUGAAUGCAGAACGUAAUUGUUCGAAACUGGCAAAAACAUCAUUAAUGUACAAGUCACCCAGACAGCGCAGGCCAUUCCUCUCCAAAGAUGUAAAUCGUGGGUCAAUCAUAGCUGGUAUAAAAAGGUGAUUAUUACAGAUGAGCAUUGCUUUAGAGAGGGAAAGCCACCCAAAGUGUCGUCUAAUUUGUGACCAUACAAUGUGUAGAAUUUUAACUGCAGUACUCAUUUUAAACACUAGGUGUCUGAGUUACAUAUUGCUCCUUUAAAACAUCUUUUCUUCAUGGGAGAUGAACAGUAAACAUCCAAACAUAGCACACUUCAAAGCAAAAAAAACUAGCUGCUGAUGUGUUUAAAUGUUUGUUUUUUUAUUCUCCAUCAGUGCUGCUCAGAGUCAAACCACACUGGAGUCCCUGAAGUGCCACUUCACCUGGGACCUGGACCGCAGCAGGCCGAAACUUUUACGUCUCACAGACAAGAUGGAGGACUUCAGCACAGAGGAGGGAAAUAAAUGGCUGGGCCACAGUUACAACCUGUGGGGGUUCAUUCAGUAUAAACUGGGGUUAAAUGAAGAGGCUAAGAGUUUGUUCCAGAAGGCUGCAGAGACCCUCAACAAGCUGAGAGAUGCAGAUGAGGGUCCUUGGUUAGUGGUGAACUACGGGAACCUGGCCUGGCUGCAUCACCACAUGGGAGAUCUAGAGGAGAGUCAGGCUUACCUGUCAAAGGUUGAUACCCUGAUGGAAAAAUACCCAUCUCCAUCCCAGGACGACCUCCAUGCAGAGAUCUACGCUGAAAAGGCCUGGACCCUGAUGUUCUUAGGAGAGGAUAAGAAGCUGGUUGUUGAUUACUUUGAGAAAGCUGCCAGGAUGCAGCCGGACAUGGUGGAGUGGAACACCAGCUAUGUCAUAUGGUUAAAGAACGCCCAAAACUUCAGUGACCCAAGGCUGGAACCUGACCUGUUGAGACAUGAGAUGAGACAAGCCAAGGAACGGGAUCCAGAGAACUUGCACCUCGCUGCGCUCUACCUUGAACAACGGGCUAAUGAAGGAGAAAACAUUCGAGAUGAAGUCUGUGAGUUGGCUGGAAAUGUGAGCACUCUGUGCUGCAGUGGCAGUGGCAUGUGGGCCUUACUAAACCUUUACAUAGACCACAUAUCUGUUGAUGACGCCAUUGAUUUGGCAGAGAAAGUUCUGAAAGAACAUCCAGAUGUGCAUUAUCUGAAGAGAUGUGUUGCGUUCUGCUACAGAUCGAGGAUCGUUUAUAAAAGCAGAAAUUACCCUGAUCCAGAACAAAGCAUGAUGGACAGAGCAAUCGCUCUCCACGAGGAGCUGAUCUCUCUUUACCCUCACUCUUCACUCAAAAAGGAAACAGACCUCGCAAUUAUCUAUGCAAAGUCACGUCACAGCAAGGCCAAAGCUGAGCAGAUAUUUCAGAAACUGCUCAAAAAUGAACCAGCAGAACCUGAAGACAAACAGAUGCUUUACAGCAUAUAUGCAGAUCAUUUAUACUUUAAUCAAAAAGAGCACCACGGGUCGACACAGUAUCACAUGAAGGCAGCAGCAAUACCAAAAAAAUCCUACUUCCGUAAGAAAAGCAUCGGAAUCCUGGAGAAGACUAUAGACAGAGGCAUAAUGUGCAGAGAAAUAAAAGAGUUUCUCAGAAACCUGCAAGAGCCAACGCAAUAAAGACAGGGAGGCAAAUUUAGGGGGAACAAUUUUGUCCAAGCAAAAAAAAACAACUAAUUUCUACGAAGGUGUUUUGCUUUCAUGUGGUAAUAAAGAGCAAAAGAAUCCUGAAGAAGAAUGAAAAACAGGAGGGGGCCAAGUAUAAAAACUAACUAAAAACUAAUUUCCUGUCAUUCAAAACUAUUUGAAAUAAAUUAAAGGAAGGUUUAUUUUAAUUAUUUUCUUAAUUAUUUUUUAUUUUUGGGCUUUUAUGCGUUUAUUUAGAGAUAGGACAGUGGAUAGAGUUAGAAACAAGAGAGAGAGAGAGAGUUGGGAACGACUUACUAAUUCAGGACGGAGUUCCCUUCAUGACAUCACAAAGGGCAGUAGCCCCUCCCCCAGGUGGGUGACACUCCCACAGCUAGGUGUUUGUUCUGCCCUCUGAGUCUGCCUUCUCACCGUAAACAAUAGGACAUGGAGAGAGAAAGACCGAGUACACCCAAGCCCUUCCAGAGAGGGGGCGUGGUCAGACACAGCUCAUUUGCAUAUUUAAAGGUAUAGACACAGAAACAGCCUGUUCUGAGCAGGGCUGAAAUAGAGGGGUUUAUAGGCAUGAUCAAAUACAGGAUCAGAGUGGAUUUAGAACAAGAAACUUCACACACAUGUUUUGAGGAGCUCUGAGACUCAUUUAAACUGUAGAAGAGGAGGAGGAUAUGUGACCUUUAAUUCUUACACCCUAGCUCCUGGUAGGUGUGACGUCCUCUGUAAAACACGGUCGUCAUGGUGAAUACUUAAUGAAGAAAUGUGUGAAUUGUGAUUAUCAUGUAUUUUGCUUCUGUUGUGUUUUUUCAAUGCUGUAUUUUCAGUGUUUAGAAUUAAUGGAUUUUAUAAGAAUGUGCUUCACUUUGGAUAUUUAAAGUCCUCAUUGUUCAUGUGAAAAUUUAUUUGCUGUGACCUGAAAAUUAUAUAUUAAGAUGCUCCUGUUUGCUCAAGCUGUGUUUAAGCUUUAUACCAAUAAAUGAACAGUGUGCACACCAAGAAA